CAACAGAUCUUAUGGCAUCGUAUCCUGAAGUGGCUGAAACAUGGGAACUCCAGGGCCUUAUUAGUUAUACCCAAAAGGAUUAUAUGCAAGCAGAACAAAGUUUCCAGAAAGCCCUGAAAAUGAAAGCAGACUGUGGAAUAUAUUACUACUACCUUGGACUAACUUAUUGGUUCAUGGGGGAGGCGAUGAGAAAAGACAAAUCUAAAACUGCUACACAUUUGUUAAAGGCUGCCAAGUUGGAUACGUACAAUGGAAGAACAUUCUGCUACUUAGGCCACUACUAUCAUGACAUAGUACAAGAUAAAAACAGAGCUCGUGGUUGCUACAAAAAAGCCUUUGAGCUAAAUAAUGCUGAUGAAGAAGCAGGAGCAGCUGCUGUUGAUCUCAGUGUUGAACUUGGAGAUAUGGAGACUGCUCUUGCAAUUCUGAGGACAGUAACUGAUCAGUCAAGUGCUGGAACAGCCAAAUGGGCUUGGCUUAGACGAGGACUUUAUUACAUGAGAACCAACCAGAAUUCACAGGCUGUGGCAGAUUUACAAGCAGCCUUGAGAGCAGACCUGAAAGAUUCAAAUUGCUGGGAAUGUUUAGGAGAGGCUUAUCUCAGUAGAGGAGGUUACACUGCUGCUUUAAAGGCUUUCACUAAAGCCAGUGAACUGAAUCCAAACUCCGUAUACAACAUUUACAAGAUUGCAGCCAUUAAACAGAUUAUUGGCAAGUAUGCAGAAGCAGUUACAGAGUAUAAACAGAUAAUUCAGAAGUCAAAGAAAUAUGUUCCUGCCCUCAAAGGCCUAGGUGAAUGUUAUUUAAUGAUGACCCGAAAUGCCCUUGAUGAUUGUUUAGAUGGAAGGGCUUUGGAUUCAGCAGAAGAGGCACUUCAGUACUUAGCUAGAGCUGUACAGUGUCGGCCUGAUGUAUCCUGUCUGUGGAAGCUGAUUGGAGAUACAUGCACCACACUCCACGUUUUGUCACCAGCAAAAGUUAACAUUAGAGUCUCUGCCAUUCUCAUUGGACAGGAUGAAAAGAGAAAUGUGCACUACUUGGAUAAAAAUGAACUGCUUCGACUCGGAGGAAGAUGCUAUGGACGGGCCCUUACAUUGAUGUCGCCAUCUGCCAAUCUGUGGUGCGAUCUUGGUGUGAACUACUAUCGACAGGCUCAGGCUACUGCAGAAGGGAAUAUAAUGUCUGAGUUAUUGGAAAAAGCACUACUGUGCCUCAAAAAAUCUGUGAUGUUGGACAGCAAAAAUCAUCAACACUGGAAUGCACUUGGAGUUGUUGCAAGUUAUAAAGGUAUUGAAAAUUAUGCUCUUGCACAACAUGCCUUUAUCAAGUCUGUCCAGGUUGAACAAAAUAAUGUAGUGGCCUGGACCAACCUGGGAGCAACUUAUUUAAAGAACGAAAAUAUUGAGCUUGCCCAUGAAGCCUUUAAGGUAGCCCAGUCUUUGGAACCCUCGUAUGUUGUGUGCUGGAUUGGACAGGCACUAAUUGCUGAAGCUGUUGGCAGCUAUGAGACAAUGGACUUGUUUAGACAUACCACAGAGCUUGGUGUUAAUAUUGAAGGAGCUAAAGGUUAUGCACACUGGGUGUGUACAACACUGCAGGAUAAAUCAAACAGAAAUUCUGAAUUGUACAAGUACAACAUUGUACAAAUGAAUGCAAUAUCUGCUGCACAAGUUGUCAUGAGCAAAUAUACAGAGAGAAUUCAGACUGAUGCAACAGCUUUCACAAUGCUGGGUUAUCUAAAUGAGUAUCUAAGCCUGAAAAAACAAGCAGAAGAGGCAUAUCACAGAGCAUUUGUGCUACUCCAGAAUACUGAAGAUGAAGAAAAACUUAAGUGUGCUCAGAGAAAUUGGAUGCGAGCUUUAUGUGCUGCGGGUCAGUAUGAGAAGGCCAUCCGGACUUACAUGUUGAACCCACUUGUGGAGUUUGAUGACAUAAUUUGUCUUGCUCUGGCUUACUUGAAGAAAGGCCUUCUUCAGGAGAGUGCCAAAGCUUAUGAAAAGGCUUUAACUAUUGCCCGUACAGAGAAAGAGAAAGCACACAUAAUGAUUGCUCUUGCAAUGAUUGCCUUCAAAGAGGGUAGAAUGAACAAUGCCAAGACUUUACUCUUCAAAUGUUCCAUGCUGAAGGAGCCCAAUAUAGAAAGUCUGCAGGCUUUAUGUGCUCUGGGUCUGUCGAAGAAGGAUACCACCCUCGCUACAGCAGCACUUAAUGAACUGUUCAAAUAUUCAGAUAAAAUCAACUCAACCUAUGAAUCCUGCCUUCUUUCUUCAGGGAUGUUUUCUUUGCAAGCUAACAGUUUAGCUAUGCAGAGACAGGCAGCUAAAGCUGUCCAUAGCAAUCCAGCGGAUCCUGCCCUUUGGACAUUAUUAUCCAGACUUGUUCCACAACAUACUCCCCAGAUGGCAGAAGGUGGAGUAGUGGCUGGCAAUAUUGCAGAGAUUUUAAGUUCCCAUCAGAUAAAGCAUGCACUUUUGUUCAGUGCUGCGAAUCAGUUGGCAGCAGGUAAACAUGCAGUAGCCAAUGAACAAAAGAAUGCUUUAAAAACUAUUCAAAAGGCAGUCCAUCUCUAUCCAGAUGAUCCUGCUGUUUGGGCCAGUUUAAUGGCAGCCUGUCACAUGGAAAAUACAUUAUCCCAUUUAGAAAACACGAAACCAAAGCAUACUGCAUUAGAGGAGAUGUUUGUCACAACAAUCACCAGCAAGGUUGAAACAGUGAAGACCAUGCCAACUCCUUAUCUUCAAUCCCUGGAGAACUGGUCUCUGCAACAAGCUGUAACUGGGUUAAAAGAAGUGGGCAGGCAUUCUGAAGCUGAAGCCUUCUGCACUAAAAUUCUAAAGAGGCACCCAGACCAUCCCAUGGUGUUCCUAUUGCUGAGACAGGUUCAAUGUGAACAGCUGUUGCUUUCACAGCAGCGGCUUCCAGAUACAGUUUUAGGAGAACUGAAAAAGGCAGUGAUGUCGAACUUCACAUCAGUGACCGCUUGGCAUUGGCUGGCAGAAGUAUAUAAAUCUCAGGGUUUAAUGAUAGCAGCAGAAAUGUGUUACAGGCAAGGAUUGCAACUAUCUUCACAACAAGGCGAUAUGAAUGGCAAACUGUCAAGUCUGCUCAGAUUAGCAUUGCUCGCCCUCUCACUCAGUACGAUUAAACUUCAAAGCAAUCGAUGGGCAUCACUAGUCAAAGAAGCAACCGGUGAAGCUCAAAAGAUCUCUUUUUGUCCUCUUGCUGGUCUAUUCCAAGCACUGCUGCAAUUUGUAGUUAAAAUGGGAGCAAGGGAAACACGACGGCUGCUCGAGAGAGUGGUAUAUCAGCCAGGUUACACGGAAAGCAUUGCAUCAGUUGGCCGUUGGUACCUCCUCCGACAUUUGUGGGCCAAAAAUGAUGAUGAACUUAUCACAGUAUUACUUCAAAAUGCCAAAAUGAAAGGAGAUUCUAGAGUUGAAGAGCUGCACAAGAAGCUUAUUGAAUCAUCCUAAUAACUAAACAAGAACAAAGAUUGAACUCCAAUGCAUGCACACUAAAGUCUUGCAUUGUAAUUUAUAGAUGCAGCCACCAUAUUACUCAGAUUUCUGGUUGUCAAAAAGCAGUAGCUAUGGCUGGCUUUUUUGAAGCAAUUUGAAUACAGUACGAUUUGUUGCACUUUGGCUAUAUUGAAAAAGACUGCGAAUAUUUAGACUAGUUUUCUCUUCUGCCAUCAUAUUUCCUGCACUUUUCAUCUUAAAAGCUGAAAAUUUAAAUAUACCAUCAUGACUGGGAAGCAUGCAGAUUUCUUUAUUUCUGAUUGAAUGCCUUCAUUUUAACUUCACCAAUGAUCUGUAUUAUUAUAGUAUAAAUACACCGAAACAAUCAUGUUUGAACAUUUUGUUGCAAAGUUUAAUGUAAUGUUACGAUUAAACUAUGUACUCCUAUCAUGAUUUCCUAUUGAAGCCUGUAGGCAUGUUUGCAUUUUGUUGAAUUUUUUUCUUUUUGUUUCACUAGUCGUUUAAGACAGAAAUAUCAUUUGUGCUUUGCAUCAAAUGUAUUUAAUUUUGUCAAAUUACUAUGCAAUAACAACCAUUUCUGUAUUGAACUGGAAUAAUCUUCUGAAAUGCUGCUUCAAUUAAGAUAAAAAACUUGAUCCAUAGAAAUCCUUAAAUACUUUUAAAGAUGGAUCUUAUUGGCAAAAAAAAGUGUUGCAAUAUCUCUUCCCUACAGCUUUGCUUCAUGUGGCUCUGUGUCUAAUUGAACCAAUAAAAAUGCAGAGGACUUUGUUGCAA